GAUUUGACACUUGACAUAACAGAUUCAUUUAUAAUUUCACCUGAUUUUGGUAAAGUGUUAAUUAUUAUCAAAAAGCUACUUGAUUGUUAACGUGAAUUGAUCAUUAAGAUCAGUGUUUAUUCGUGUAAUAUUUAUGUCAAAUGUGUUCUGACUACUCCGUGGUUUACAAAAUUUAUCUGAAAUUAGACUACAUGUUUGAAUUUGAGAAUAAAAAUAAAUUUGUUUGUUCAUGUAAUAAGAAUUAGAAAUAUUUAUAAUGUUAGAUAUACGUGCAAUAUAAAAAAAAAGUAAUUAUUUCUUACGCUAAUAUACGAUCGCCUUUAUAAUGAUUGUAUGAAGGUUAUGGGAGUUGUUGUUUUGAAACGUUUAUACUCCAUCUCAGUGAUUCAUUAUCAACAAUGCACGAAGCCUACGAAGUAUCCCACCUUCUCAAUGCGACCGUGCAGAUCGAGGCUAUUGCUGCCUAUGAUAAUAACUUGUUGUUGGGCACGAGACAGGGGCAUUUGUUGAUGUACUCAUUGUCUGUCAACAAUGGAAACCAAAAGUAUGAAGUGCAGCUGUUAAGAUAUAGGAAGAAUUUUAGUAAGAAGCCCAUACAGCAGAUUGAAGUCAUCCCAGAUGAGAACCUGUUGAUAUGCUUAACAGAUUCUAUUGUGGCCACAUACAGCACUAAUGGAGUCAAUUUUCCAUUGGUCAAAACAUUUGAUCAAACCAAGGGUGCAUCAUUAUUUGCAUUAGAUAAUAAGUUGAUCACAUCAGCUAGUGGAGAGACAACUUCCGAUGUUCGCUUGUGUGUUGCUGUGCGAAGAAAACUUCAAAUAUUCAAUGGUAAAAAUGGAGAAUUUAGGCACAUGUUGGAUUUUAGUGUCCCUGAUGUGCCAAAGGUCAUGGCUUGGGGACAACAGUAUUUGUGUGUAGCAUUCAAAUCAGAGUACAUGUUGUAUAAUGCCUCUGAUGGAAAACCAAAGGAAUUAUUCCCAACAAGCAGUUCCAAAUCCUUGGAACCGACUAUAGCUAAGUAUUCUGAACCGUCAUUCCUUCUGGGGCGCGACCAAACAUCUGUCCUUGUGGAAGAAUCAGAGAAUAUUGUUAUAAAAAAGACCAUUAAAUGGACUGAAGCACCUAUUGCUGUUGUGUGGGACCAACCAUUCGUGUUAGGUCUCCUGCAAGAUCAAAUAGUUGUACAGACUGUGGAACCAGCACUCUUCAUACAGACAUUAGUGGAUUUGAAUAAAGCAAGACUGAUGUAUAGAUGUAAGCGAGGCUUGAUAUUUGUUGCCUCUGUUGGCCAGGUGUGGUGUUUGAGCUCCGUCGACGUCACCAAACAAAGGCAGCAGUUAUUAAAAGACAAACAGUUCCAAAUAGCCAUAGAUUUAACGAGUUUAGCAGAUUGUACACCCGAAGAAAAAAAACAGAAGAUUCAUUCGAUACAAGUGUUAUACGCUCUAGAACUAUUUGACAACAAAUCUUACUCUCAGGCGAUGAAAGAGUUUAUAAAAUUGAACACGGACCCCGCAGACGUGAUCAAACUGUUCCCGGAACUGGAUAACAAAGCUGACAGCGAUACUAAAAAGAACAAAUUGAAAGGCAAAGAUCUAGAAAACGCUUUGAAUGCUCUAAUAGAAUAUUUAGUGGAGUUGCGGUCUAGAAUUGGCAAGGGAACGAAUUCCGAAGCGAGCGGCAGUCAAGAAGGAGCAGCCAGUCAAAGGAACGUCACGCAGCAGUUAGAGUUGAUCGAUACCACGUUAUUGAAGUGUUAUUUACAGACAAACGAUGCGCUAGUUGCACCUUUAUUGCGUUUAAACAACUGUCGUUUAGAAGAAACGGAAAAGACAUUGCUUCAACAUGGGAAACAUAGCGAACUUAUUAUUCUUUACCAAACAAAAGGACAACAUACCAAAGCACUGCAGUUACUGCGAGACCAGGCCAAACAACCCGAUUCGAGUCUGGAAGGUUAUCGAGAAACGAAAAAAUAUUUGCAGCAUUUGGGUGCUGAGCAUAUAAAUCUGAUAUUCAAAUUCUCCGAUUGGAUUUUGAAAGAAAAUCCAGAGGAAGGUUUGAAGAUUUUCACCGAGGACAUAGAAGUGGAAAACUUCCCGCGUCCCAAAAUAUUAGACUUUUUGCUAAGAGAACACGAGGCAUUGGCGAUACCUUAUCUAGAACAUAUGAUAUACACAUGGAACGAUACCAACCCUUUCUUUCACGACGCGUUGAUCAAUAUGUAUAGAGAUAAAAUUAUAAACAAAAAGGCUAAUAUAACCGAAGAGGAGUUGCAACACACCAAGUCUAAACUCUUAGCCUUUCUAGAAAAGUCCACGCACUACACGCCUGAGAGGGUUUUGUUGCACUUCCCGACGGAUAGCCUGUUUGAAGAGAGAGCUAUAAUAUUUGGGAAACUUGGCAGGCACGAACACGCGUUAGCCAUAUAUGUGUUGAUAUUAGGUGAAGUCGAAAGAGCAAUACAAUACUGCGAGAACGUAAGCAAAGUUCCCGACGAGCAGAAUCAAGACAUUUAUGUGAUAUUGAUGAGGAUACUCAUGAAUCCGGAGCGAAGUGGCGUGCUGACCGGUCCUCUAGCCAACGCGCCGAGACACCCCAAGACCUCCGUGCCCGACCUCGAGACAGCUCUGAACAUACUGGAGAAACAUGCCAACAAUAUAUCGCCUUUGAAGGCUCUAGAAGUGCUGCCGAACUCUGUGCCGCUCAGUCGCCUCAAACACUUCCUAGAGAGCGCCCUGGACGGACAACUCACACAGAAGCGACGCAUGCAAAUACUCAAGGGGUUGCUUUACGCAGAACAUAUACAGCUCCAAGAUCUGAAACAGUACCACGAAUCGAAGAGUGUAGUGAUAAACGACUGUGAUGUGUGCCUAGAGUGUAAGAAACGCUUCAGCAACCAAAGCGCCUUUGUCCGAUACCCCAACGGUGACAUAGUGCAUUAUUCUUGUAGAAUAGACAAGUAAACGUAUCUCUGUGUAGCCGCUAUUAUAAAAGCUAAAGAAAUUCCGUCGCGUUAUUCAAAAUGUAUGCUUUACGUAUGCUUCUCACAAUUUGAAAAUAACUGUUUACAUAAAACAAAAAUAUGGCGUUCCUUUAUAUUGCAAUCACAUGGACACAGGUUAUGUAAAAUAAGCUCCCGUAUUUUGCCGUCGCAAUUCUAUUAAAUUACAAUUUUAAUAAAAACCUUUAUUUCGUUUUUAAAAUUUUGUCAGUCAGCUGCCAUUAUUUUUGCGUAUUACUUCCUAUAUACUGCCGCAGAGUAUGCUACCCUCUAUAUAAGAAUCCCUGGUCUAAGCGGAAAUUUAGUUACUAUACAAUAUUCACUAAUUAUUCGAGUGUUGCUAAAAUACAUAAUAUUCGAACAAUAGUCUCUAGUUUAAAAUGAGGUACCGUGAAACUGAAUGAUUGGUGCUGAAGGGGUUAUAAGAAAUGAAAAUAAAAUA